AUGAGUGGGUGUGCCCUGGUGGUGGCUGAAGGUGUGUACGGUAAGGUGCCCCUGCUUGUGGUGUGGACGAUGGGUGUUCCAGUGUGGGUGAACCCACCCCCUCUCAGACCACCUCUCAGGAACCCCACUCCCUCUCAGGAACUCCUUCAACCCCCUCUCUCAGGAACCUCCUUCACCUUCUCAGGAACUUCCCUCUCCAGAACCCCCCCUCCUCAGACCCCACCUUUCAGAACCCCUCAGGAACCCCACUCUCCACAACCUCCCCCUCUCAGGAACCCCACUUCCCUCAGGAAAAUACCACACAAUCCUGCAACCACAUCAUCCUGCAACCACACCAUCCCUGCAACCACACCAUCCCAGUUCCAUACCAUCCCAGCACCAACCCCAUACCACAUAUGCCGUCGUCCCCACGCCUACACCAGUCCCACGCCUACACCAGUCCCACGCCUACACCAGUCCCACGCUUACAACCCAGUCCCACGCUCCAACCAGUCCCACGCCUACACCAGUCCCACGCCUACACCAGUCCAACUCCACACCAGUCUCACGCCUACACCAGUUCGACGCCUCCACCAGUCCCACGCCCACACCAGUCCCACGCCUACACCAGUCCCGCCCACCACCAGUCUCACGCCCACCUAA